AUGGCCACAACAACAUCCGAAACGCCGCUAGAAACUCAACAUGGACCCGAGAUAGCUAGCGAGAGCGCAGAUGAGGUGGCAUAUUCUUCCGAGGCAUUAAGUGCCGGACAUCCAUCUCACGAUGCGGAUUUGCUUCACUCAUCAGAAAUUGCAUCACCAACGAGCGCAAUACAGUCGCAUGUGAAAUUUAAUGUGAAUUUGACCUCGGUGUCAUCGAGUGCUGUAUUUAUUGUUAAUGCUUUAGAGAGUAUAGCGUCUAGCAAAGAGGCAAGGAGGAACAAGAAAUUGAAAGAGAGCGUGUCCAAAGCUUUAGAUAUGGUUCAGCAUGAUGAGAAUGGAAAAGACAGCCAAAACCUAAACAGCUUUGACGGAUAUAUAAUUUUCGAGCCUCUGCAACUAGCAUGUCAAACAGGCUCCACGACUUUAAUGAUCACGGCUCUCGACUGUAUAAGUAAACUCAUCUCUUAUAACUAUCUCAUAGAACACGACACUCGCUCUUCUACUCUGCCUCCUGAUACUACUUCACUUCCGACUGAAACCGAACACGAGAAUGAAUCCGGAGCCACACCGGCAAAAGUGGAGAAACGACUUUUGAUGGAAAUGGUGGUUGAUACAAUUUGUGAUUGUUUUGUCGGUGAGAGCACUGAUGACAAGGUCCAAUUACAAAUUGUUAAGGCUCUUUUGGCCGCAGUAUCAUCCACAACAAAUCCGAUACAUCAAACUCCUCUCCUCAAAGCCAUCCGUACAUCCUACAACAUCUUUCUACUUUCUCGUAAUUCGGCCAACCAAACCAUAGCUCAAGGCACGCUGACCCAAAUGGUUCACCAUGUUUUUAGCAGAAUAAAACUUGACGGAUUGACGGCCUCCCUUCCUUCUCCAACCUCUUCUAUUCCUAAUAGUAAUUCCAACUCGAAUUUGCCCUCUACCAUAUCAUAUGAUAACAUACUGUCCCAUACAAUCGCCUCUUCUGGGACAGCCGAGACUGAAAAUGAAGUUGGUAAAAUUGGGCAAUUGGAAGAAGGAAACGACUCUAGGGAGGAGAUUAUGAAGGCUGUUGAGGAAGAAAUGGAAGGGGUGAGAGGCGAAGAGAGUAAUGUGAAAGGCGCCCAGAUUGGAGGGAGAGGCGGUAGCGAGCGAAAGAAUAAUAGUGGGUCCGUUCCACCUUCACCUACUCAUCCACCUUUAUCACCGGCCCAGCACAUAUCUUUCACCUUUGGUCACUCCAACCUCUACGCCAAAGACGCUUUUCUCGUAUUUCGUGCACUCUGCAAGUUGUCAAUGAAACCCGUCACUUCUGAAACGUCUGAUUUAAAAUCACAUUCUAUGCGGUCCAAACUUCUCUCACUUCAUUUGAUCCUGACGAUUCUCUCGUCACACAUGCAAGUGUUCACAUCACCCAACGUGGUUAUCGUCAGUUCGUCGACCAAUGAAGCGAUUUCAUUUAUUCAAUCCGUAAAGCAGUAUCUGUGUUUGAGCUUGAGUAGGAACGCGGUUAGCCCCGUGCCGCAAGUGUUCGAGAUUAGUUUAGAGAUUUUUUGGAAAUGCAUGAAUCAAUUGAGAGUGCAUUUGAAAAAAGAAAUUGAAGUCUUCUUCAAUGAAAUCUUCUUGCCUAUUCUAGAGAUGCGUAAUUCAUCAACACAACAAAAGUAUGCUUUGCUCAACGUCCUUCUGAGAAUAUGUGCUGAUCCGCAGGCCUUGGUCGAAAUCUAUCUAAAUUACGAUUGUGAAAGAGAAGCCGUUGAUAACAUUUACGAAAGAAUUGUCAAUAUUGUAUCGAAAAUAACCACAUCGGCCUCAUCUGCCAUUGUCUCCGAUACAACAAAAGAACGUGACUCCAACUCUAUCACGUCUUCGCUUCAAAACAAUUCCGCAUCUGUAGUUAUUCCUCCAUCCCUCAGUAUUGCCUCUAUGUCUACCAAUACCAAGGCCCAACAAACCGCUGCAAAUAACGCGGCUCAACUGGCUCUCCGCGGUCAAGGUCUUGAAUGUCUCGUAUCCAUACUUCGUUCUCUUGUUGCCUGGUGCAGUAGCAAACAAUCAACUGAUAACGAGGAAGAGACUGAAAUCACAAGCAGAAAGAGCGAAGAGACAUUACAAGACACAUCAUCGCCUUUGUCGCCUAGCGCAGUUGGAACGCCCAUAAGGUCGUCGCCUACGUCAUCGACAAUGUCUGUGGGUUCGUCGUCGCAAAGUAGUAACAUAGAAAAGACGAAAGCUAUGGAUGAUCCCGAACAAUUUGAAAGAUCAAAGCAAAGGAAACAAGUACUGCAAGAAGGCAUCAGAAAAUUUAAUUUCAAACCCAAAAGGGGUAUUGAAGCUCUUAUCGCUUCGGAUUUUAUUUCAUCUUCUGAACCGAUUGAAAUUGCAAAAUUCCUACUAACUACAGAAGGAUUGAAUAAAACAAUGAUUGGGGAGUACCUUGGAGAGGGCAAUACUGAGAACAUUGCAAUCAUGCAUGCUUUUGUUGAUAUGAUGGAUUUUACAUCUACAAAGUUUGUGGAUGCAUUGAAGAAAUUUUUGCAAAGUUUUAGGUUACCUGGUGAAGCGCAAAAGAUUGAUAGAUUCAUGUUAAAGUUUGCUGAAAGAUAUGUCGAUGGGAAUCCCAAGGAAUUUGCUAAUGCUGAUACUGCCUACGUUCUCGCAUACUCGGUAAUAAUGCUCAACACUGAUCUCCACAACCCGCAAAUAAAACGUCGGAUGACCAAACAAGAAUUUAUCAAGAACAACCGUGGCAUUAACGAUAAUGCUGAUCUACCCGAGGAACUGCUCUCGGCUAUUUACGACGAAAUACAGAAUAAUGAAAUAAAAAUGAAAGAUGAGCAAGAUGCUGCUUUGAUGCAACAUGCUGUUCCGCCGUCAAGUGGAGGUAUUGCUGGUUUAGGAAGUGCAUUGGCAAAUGUAGGAAGAGAUUUCAAGAGAGAAGCUUAUGUUGCUGCGUCGGAGGAGAUGGCUAACAAGACCGAGAACCUCUUUCGUUCGAUGGUUCGAGCUCAACGAAGAGGUAUAUACACGGCAAACACGACUUUCUACUCUGCCUCGCAAAUCGAACACGUACGCCCUAUGUUCGAAGUAGCCUGGAUGCCCGUUCUUGCCGGUCUCUCUGCGCCUUUACAAGAUACAGAGGAUCUUGAGACAGCCAACUUUGCCAUAGAAGGAUUUAAGCUUGCCAUUCGUAUUGUCUGUCUGUUUGAUAUGGAAUUAGAACGUAACGCAUUUGUGACUACAUUAUCCAAAUUUACAUUUUUGAACAAUCUGGGGGAGAUGAAACCAAAAAAUGUGGAAGCUAUUAAAACAUUGUUAGGAAUUGCAUUGAUCGAGGGAAAUAGUUUGAAAGGGUCGUGGAGGGAAGUUUUGACCUGUGUGAGCCAGUUAGAAAGGUUUCAACUAAUUAGUACGGGAGUUGAUCAGACGACAGUGCCUGAUUUAUUUAAUGCUAGGAAACAACCGAGGAAGCAAUCGGUUGAUGAAAAAUCAAGAAGAACUUCGCUGUCCAGAAGGCUGUCGAAACCAUCCCCAUAUGUUGUUUAUGCGGAAGACGUGGCAUUGGAGAGUCGUUCUUCGCAGGUGGUUGUUGCUGCGGAUAAAAUCUUUAGUACCAGUCCUAAACUCUCUGGGACAGCUAUCGUUGAAUUUGUGCGUGCUCUGAGUGAUGUCUCAUGGGAGGAAAUUCAAUCUUCUUCGAUGACUGAGCAUCCGCGAAUUUUUAGUCUUCAAAAGUUGGUCGAAAUUUCAUAUUAUAAUAUGAGCCGCAUUCGUAUGGAAUGGUCUAAAAUGUGGCAGAUACUGGGAGAGCAUUUCAAACAGGUCGGAUGUCAUCCAAAUGUGAACGUCGGAUUUUUUGCAAUUGAUUCUCUUCGGCAAUUGUCAAUGCAGUUCUUGGACAAAGAGGAACUACCUCAUUUCCAAUUCCAAAAGGAUUUUCUGAAACCAUUCGCUUACAUUCUGGCUAAUAAUCCUAACAUUGCUAUUAAGGAUAUGAUAUUGAGAUGCAUGCAGCAGAUGGUGCAAGCGAGAUCCCAAAAUCUUAAAUCUGGUUGGAAGACAAUGUUUGGAGUAUACGCUGCUGCUGCCAGAGAGAACAAUGAGUCUAUCGUAUUGAUGGCAUUUGACUUGGUUAAAGGAUUAUUUAACAACCAUUUUGAAGCAGUUGUAUCGAAUAGUACUUACCCUGACUUGAUGGUGUGUUUGUGUGAAUUCUGUAAGAAUAAUAACUACCAAAAGAUCAGUCUUCAAGCGAUCGAACUCAUUUCUCAGUCAUUGUUAAAGAUGUUGGAAUAUCCAAAAUACCACAUCACAGCCACUGUUCUCUCUGCUGACGGUAUAUCGACAGAGGGCAAAUUUAUCACGAAUGAUGAUCCAUCAUUUAAAUUUUGGUAUCCCGUAUUAUUUGGAUUUCAUGAUGUCCUCAUGAAUAGUGACGAUCUUGAAGUUAGAACAAGGGCAUUGAAUUACUUAUUUGACACAUUGAAGAAAUAUGGGCUUAGAUAUUCUGAAGAGUUCUGGGAUGUAAUCUGUAGACAAGUUCUAUUUCCUAUAUUUGGUGUAUUAAAAUCGAAAUCGGAUGUUUCCAAAUUUGCCAACCAGGAGGAUAUGAGUGUUUGGUUAUCGACUACAAUGAUACAAGCACUUCGAAAUUUAGUUGAUCUCUUCACUUACUACUUCGAGACACUUGGAAAUAUGAUAGAGGGCAUUUUAGAUUUGUUGGGUUCGUGUUUAUGUCAAGAAAACGACACUCUGGCAAGAAUAGGCAGUUCUUGUUUGCAACAACUUGUAGAAGAUAAUACAAACAAGCUGAAUUACAGUCAUUGGUGUAAAUUGAGUCAGAUGUUUGCGCGGUUAUUUAAAAGAACAACACCGUAUAAACUACUGGAUGAUGCUCAUCAUUACAGAAACGCAGCAAAGAAGAUUGUCGAACAGAUAGCCAAACAAGAAAUCGAGAGCAAAGAUGGGAACGAUAACAAAGAUGAUAACGAGAAUAUCAACGAUAAUAAGAAUGGGAAAGAGAGAGAGCGAAUAAAAAGCAGCGACGAAUCGGAACACUCAAAUGGUCGAAGCUCUGUCUUGGAAAUUGGUGUUGAGUCUCAUUCAACCAUUUCUACUAACGAGGUUCUACUCAGAAAACAAGAUAAUCUAAAAAUCGAAUUAAGUGAAGAGAGGAAAGAAGAGUUUAAUGAUAUAAUAGUCAAAUGUAUCCAGCAAAUAGUGUUGAUUGAUACUGUCAAAGAAUUAAUUGGCAAAGACUCUGUGUAUGAAGCAAUGCCAGUUGAUCAGAUAUUAGUAAUUGCAGAGUGUUUGCACCAAAGUCAUUUGUUUGCAAGGAAGUUUAAUGCGAGAAUGGAUGUUAGGAUCGCUCUGUGGAGGAUUGGCUUCAUGAAUCAGUUACCCAACCUAUUGAAGCAAGAGACAAUUAGUGCAAUUUGUUAUUUUGAAUUUCUCACUAAGCUGCGGAAAGAAGAUGAUGACCGCCUUUUAUCAAAGAAGGAUGAAGUAAAGAACAAACUUGUCUCAUUUAUAUCCCAUAUAUUAAAACAAUUCUCAACGAUGGAGCCAGACACUCAGAACAAGAACGUGCUUGCAUGGUCAUCCGUCGUCACUUCAGUCCUUGAAGCAUACAUCGAUUUGGAAGACGAUGAUUUUCGCCAUUAUCUCUCUGAAAUAUAUCCAGACGCAAUAAACCUCUUAUCCCGUGAGAUUUCUUCAGACGUGCGGAUGGCAUUACACAACUUUCUCCUUCGUACCGGAUUAUUAUAUAAUAUCGUCCAGGAUUAA